AUCUCAGCUGGGGACAGGAUCGGGGGAGCCGCAAGGUGGACAGGAUUCAGGGCAGCUGGAAAGCAACAGCUUGGAAUCUCUUGGGUGAGAAAAGGCACAGAGGAAACCAACACAGGGUUCUAAUCCCCACUUAGGAAGCACCUGCCAUUUCAAGACUGUGCAACUGGACUUUACUGCAGCCUGAUCAGGCUCAUACAGUUGGAAAAAUGUUUCCUGUUCCACGACUGGAUCUCAGGAGAGAGCAACACGCCCCAGUCUCAGCCAUUAUGAAAGAGAUCAGGGAAAAAUAUGGUCCAAAGCUAGACUUAGGGAAGAAGGUUAGCAUCCCUCAGGAUCUGAUGAUGGAGGAGCUCUCCUUACCUGUAAAUAGGGGGUCCCAGCUGUACCAGAAGAGGCAGAAAAGGGUGCAACAGUUUGUUCUGGAGCGUCCCACAGCGUACACAUUGACCUCAAUGAAAACAGUUGGAUCAGGAGGAGGUUCUAAUGCAAACUACAAUGAAGCAGGAGCAACGGAUGGCUCGAUGAGCAACCAUAACACAGAGGGGAAGGAGAAUGACCCAGAUGGCCUUCAAGCUUCAGUUUCAGGCAAGGGGGCACCACCAAAGGUACCACAGAAGACAAGCAAAGUCUUGAGGAUGAGCAAGGCCCUGAAUCCCAAUGCCAUCGCACCAGGUUAUUCUGGACCUCUAAAGGAGAUGCCCCCAGAGAAGUUCAACAGAACAGCCAUUCCCAAAGGCUACCAGUCUCCUUGGCGGGAAUUCCUUAGCAGUGAGGAUUAUCAAGUGGACCAUGAGAUCCGUUUGCCUGAACCUCCCAAGAAAGUGAACAUUUCUGAUUUUCGGAGCUUCAACAGGACACCGACUCCAUUUGGUGGGCCAUUACUGAAUGAUGUCUUCCCAGGGUUUGAGAUGGGUGAAGAUCCCACAGACACUAUGAACAGCCUGCAGCUCAUUUCCAACAGGCCCAGUUUUAACAGAACACCUCGAGGUUGGAUACAGGCUAUGCCAGAAUCAGAGGAUUUAUAACCUGAUGUAAUGCUGUUGCUUCUCCCUUCCCAAAAUGCACGCUCCCAGUUUACUAAUAUGUGAUUGUCAGUAAGGAGCCCCUUUAGUACAUAUAGUCUACUCACAUGACAAGUGGGAUUCAUAGUUUUUCCUUGCUGCUUGUACAUUUUGUGUACUGCACCUGACUCCCUGCUAGGGCUAUUGCUGCUCCUCAUGUGUCACCAUAGCAUACCACCCUUUCCUACUGGGAUGCAAUUUUAAAAAGCUCUUACAGUGAAAUAAGACCAGCCCUCAAACCACAAAUAGCCAAGAAGCCAGGUUGAGCCAAGCAAAAAGAACAGUAUGUCUAGAGAAGCGAUUUGAGUAGAGGAUUGUAGAUGCUUCUGGUUUUGUUCCAUUAUGGGGGACAUUUUGGGAAGUUUUUCUAGCCUCAGGGAGGCAACAAAUCCCCCCCGCCCCCGGUUUGCCCUGCUGCAGUUCACCAUCCCUGCCCAUGUUUUGAUAUUGAAUCACAAUGGUGCUAAAUGAACUGGUAAAAGUUCCAAAGGGGCCAAGCCAUUAUUUCUAAUAACUCUGGCAGAAAGCAACACACAAACAUUAUCUCACUUACUUUUGGUAACAAGAAAUGUUACUGGAUGCCCAUUCUAAAAAUACUGAGAUUUUCUUGAAAUCUUAGCUUUAGGUUUAAAAAUGACCGGUGGGCAAGGCAGCAAGAAUUUCAGGGGGAAUAAUGCCCAUGGAAGCAAGCUUUAAGACUGCAGGUUAGACUUCAUUUCCUCAAAUACUAGAAAUAAAGUGAAAUAAAUUGAUACUCUUAUUACUGGUUAACUUCUCUGCAGGCCUACAAUUGGCAAGAGUGGACCACUUGUCAGACCAGAUUGUCCAGAUGUGUCCUAUAUGAUAUGUAGAUAAUAUAUGGAGCAGAAGGACAAAGGCAGAGUGUCAGUCUUUCAGACCUUGAAAUGGAAUAAAUUGCAGGAUCAAUUCUAAGGCAGAGUAACCGUGUUAAGACUGAUGUGGCAAAAAAAGAGCCUUGGGCAUCUUAAAGCUUUAAGAUGCCACAAUACUUUAUUGACAAUGAGAGGAGGGCUCUCUUAAAUACCUAUGUCCAUUAACUUAUUGUAAUUUUGUGCUCCCAAUCCUACCCCCUGAUCAGCAGAAUUAGUUUGUGCAAUUUUAUAGAUAUUUAUUAAUUUAUUGAUAUUUAUGUGGUUGUUAAACUACAUCAUUUUACUUAUUUAGAUCUUUUAUGAUGAAGAAGCUGCACUAGUGAUAAAAUAAUGUAACUUUAAACACAAAAGGUAUCAACUCUUUAAAAUGAAAUUGAAAACCAGUUCUUACCAAAGGGGCACUUAAUAGCUACUUGAAGCACUUAAGAGUAGACUUUCCAUUCCACCUCACAUGCAAAUGAACAGUUAAAUAGGUAAGAAUGUCAAUCUAUGAUUUGUUACAAAAUCCUGGUGAGUGUACAACUAUUCACUUCCAAAUCUAUAAAAAUAUAAUUGGGAAAGGGGAAAUAAAAGGAAUUGUAUUUUAAAAA